UGAAUUGCUUUUUUGUCGUUUACGAUUUGCUGUUCAUUUUACGCUUUUACAGCUUAUAAAGGAAAAAAUGUUCAUUUUUAUCUCUCUACUUAUAAUAAGGUAAAGAUAAAUCUUAAAAGAAAAUUAUAUAUAUUAGUAUAUAUAUAUAUAUAUACUUUUAAUUGUUCAUUUGUUUAAUCCUUCAAGUUUUUUAUACGUGCAUAUAAGUUGAUGGAUGGAAGAAAAGAAAAAAGAGAGAUAUGGAGUAUAUAUAUAUAUAUAUAUAUAUAUAUAUAUAACAGAAUAGAUAAUGAUCUCUCUUUUUCUUUCUUAUUAAUCACUUUUGUUCAAUUUACUCCGAUGUUCUACAUUUGUUUUUGUUUUUUUAACUUAUAUGUUUGGCAUUUAUUUUUUUUUAUUUUUCUUUACGAAAAAGAAAAAUAGUAAAAAAUCUUUUUUCUGUGGUAGUCAUUUUACUAUUAUUAUUUGUUUUUAUAUUUUGUUUUCUCUAAAAUCUUUUAUUUUCUAUCCCGGCCUUAUCUUUUUUAUAAAGAUAUAUAUGAAUUAGCUAUUCGGCUAUUAAUAUUAUCCUUUAGCUAUCUGUCUUUUUCCUUUUUGCCUCCUUUACCCGAGUCAUCCAGUGUUCAAAAACAAAUAUGAAAACCUAUUUUUGAUUUUUUUUUUGUUUUAUUUUUUUUUUUGUUUACUUUUUUUUUAUUUGUUAAAAUAUUUUAUUAUAAUUAUUGUAUCGCCAUUUUAUCCCUUUUUUUUCUUUUAUCUAUCCAUUUCUGAACUUGUAUGUUACUCGCCUUUUAAUCUAACUGUAUUUGCCACAUACUAUCCUUCACUAAAACCUAUCACUUUUGCCUUUUAAAUAAUUCCCCUCCCCCCUCUAUCCUCUCCCUUCUCUCACUUACGGACCGCUCUCGUUCUCUAUCCAGAUAUAUUUUGUCUAUUUUUGCCUUUUCAAAAAGAAACCUUUUCACCCAUGUUCAGCUUUUUACUUUGCAUUUUUUCUCUAUAAGUAUUAUUAGAUUGUAAAAGUAGAAAUCGUGUACAUAGUUGAUAUAUAUGUAUACAUUUAAAAGAUAAAAAAAACUAUGUUUGCUCGCGUCUUAGUGUUUUAUUUUUGUAAAUAACGCGCUUGUGUUCAAAAAAACAAAAAAAACAAAUUAGUUCUUAAUCGUAAACCAACAGCUGCAUACGUUUUUUUCGUUCAAACGUAAGAAAAAGUUUUUUAAAGCGUUUCAUGAUGAUACAAAUUAUGUGUGUAUAAAAAAAAGUGACGCCUUAAACGGUCGACGUCUAGUCACCCUUUGUCCUUGUUCUAUCUCUCUCUCUCCCUCCCGUCACUAUACCGAAACCUCCCUCUAUCUCCCCUCCCACCAACGUCUUCACUCUUGUUUAUGUUUUUCAAAAGAAAAAAAGAAAAAAAUAUCUGUUCACUUUUUAAUCGUUUGAACGUUUUAAAGUGUCUCUCUUAAAAAACAGAGAAGUGAUGUGUCGUCGCUUCUUGUUUGUCUGCGUCUCCAAAAAAAAAAACAAAACAAAAAAGAGAGGAGAGAAGAAAAUAAUAAUAAUAAUAAUAAGAAAAAUGUAUAAAUAAAAAGAGUAAACGAUCGGAAAAAAGGCGGGUUUUUUUUUAUUAUUCGUUUUUUUUCUUUUUUUGAUUGAAUCGUGAGCGCAAUGGAUAUGUAAUAGCGAUUGUUUUGUCGCUUUUCUUCAGUAUUUUUUUUUUUCAUGUUUAUUUGAUGGGUGUAAAAUUUCAAUUGAAUAUAAAAGUGCAUUAUUUAUGCCUUAAAAAAAUUUAAAGGGAUGUGUUGAUAUACGAUAAUAAAAAUUUAUCUAGUUCAAUUAUUCUAUAGUAGGAAUAAAGAAAUUAAUAAGAAUUUACUAUUCUCCCACCAACGCUCCUGUCUACAAUUCUUUUUAUAGAGUCAUUCAUUAUGAUACAAACAAAUAAACAAUUAUAAAUAAAUAUAUAUAUUGAUGCUGACUGUAGGCUGGUUUUUAUUUCUUUUGCUCUUUUGCUUAUUUCUAUAACCAGAGUUAGGUGAGAAGUAAACUAAUAUAUAUGUAGUUUAAGCUUUGUAGAAUCUCUCCUAUUUCCUUCCCGCCCCCACUCCACCCACACUUUCCAUCAUGUAUAUUAUAAUUAAUUUUCUAAGAACAAUGAUAAAGUAACAAACAAUCACCAAAAACAAAAAACAAACAAACUAUCUAAUCUGAAAAAUAAAACAAAAAACAGGCAAACUGUCUCAGUUAGAGAAUGAUUAUCGAGACAUAUCGAGCACUUGCCAAGAGCAGAAACAUCUAAUUGGUCAAUUGGAGGAUGAUCUCAGAUCAGUAAAUGCUAUGUCUUCGAUGUUUAGAGGAGACGCUGAAGGCUCUUCUGCACCUGCCCCUAAUACGGACGUUAUAGUGGACGUUUCUAACAGCGCUUUGACUGAUAAAGAUUUAGAUUUGAAAUCAUCGGCAUCUGAUUCGUUAAUGUACAUAGUCCAAUCGCAAAGAGAGAGAUUCCGGUUGAGAGCUCAAGAAUUGGAAGUUCAAAAUAUAGCACUCCAACAGCAAGCUCAAGCAGCUCAAAACGAAACUGACAAGUUGAGAUCGGAUAAUCUGAAAUUGUACGAGAAAAUUAAGUUCCUUCAAAGUUAUCCGGCUGAGAAGAGAAAUACCGUUGACGAAACUGUUUCGAAAUAUCAAGUUCAAUAUGAAGCGAAAUUGGAUCCAUUUUCCUCCUUUAGUAAAAAGGAAAAAAUGAGAAAGUAUAUGAACCUAAAACCCUAUGAAAGGAUCACGUUGAGCAUGGGACGUUUUAUAAUGGGAAAUUCCGUUGCUCGUACUGUAACCUUCUUCUAUACUCUAUUGCUGCAUAUGCUUGUAUUCCUUGUACUGUAUAAGAUCGCUCAUACAAAUGAUUGUAAGAGAGACUUGGCGGCUGAAUGUCACAAAAGCUUCGCGGACCACAUGGCUAACGUACAUGGGAAAGAGAAUUGGAACGGACCGCAUUAAAUGUGUUUUAAACCGUUUUGUGAAUUAUAAAUUAUUUAAACAGUUGGUACGCAAAUAUGUUCUAGUUGAAAGAUUAUCUAUCGAACGACCAAUGAUUCUUCUGGUGCUUUUUCUCGGCUUUACCGUUAGAUCGUGGUUUAAGUCCUAAAGCGCUAGGACUAUAGCGUCGGUUGAAGGGUUGGUUGAAAUCCUUAUGAUUUGUAGGGCUGGCAACUUUUCGAAAUUUUGGGGUCAUUUCUUCUCGUUUAUAGUUUUUUGAUUGUUCUGCAGUUAAAUCUUCGUUCGAGAACACUAAUCUAGCUUGAUUAGUAAAUAGAGGUAGGACUUUUGCUGCCGCUUUAUCUUUCGAUUUUUCCACUUCCCUUCCUCCAUCCUGACUAGAUGAACGAUCUGAGUAGGUGGACGAUUGCCUACCUUCGUCGUUUUCGUUCGAAUUUUGCGGUCCAUACUCGUCAUCGUCGUCAUCAUCGUCGUCUGCCGACAAGUCGUAAUCUUUUGGCGGAUAGACGAGCGGUCCUGUUUUUUGAGCGGGUCUUUGCUUACUUCCCAACUUUUCUCGCAGCUCGGCAGCCAAUCGAUGAUAGGGCAACUCCUCGUCCAUAACAUUGGGAUCGGCAAUGACUUUGUCCUGUAUGUAGGAAACCUGAGAAACAGGCUUGUACUCUUCGUUCGAUUCCAAAGUUUCGUGAGUUCUUGCGCUAGUAACAGAGCUAACGUCGUCGGAGGCAAUGGUGGGAGUUUUUCUCUGCCUGAUAUUUGUUGAAGCUCUUGCCAUAAUUUUACCCAUGCUGACCAAUUCCUCUUCGAUUCGCCUUACUCUCUUCUCGUUCUCCUCUAAUUGCACGCAGAGCGAAUUGAAGGUGUCGACAAGAGCUUGAGCAGUGUCGGCCGAAUCACAGCGAUAAGCGUGAACAUGAACCGCCCUUUUUGUGUUGGGAUUAUAUCCAAGGAAAAUGCAGGCGACAACAUCUUCAUCGGGAGAGAGAGCUUGUGUAGCGUAAGUGACGUCUUUAGAUGGUUGAAACGGGUAUUUGAUCUUCUUCUUAUCUCCCAUCUGAAUAAUUUUCACUUCCUUCUUAGAUAUAUCAAUCGUUAAUUUCGGUAGCUCAUCAUUAUGCCGUCUCAAAACUAAUUCUCGUACGAUUGGCUCCGUAAACUCCCUUCCCCAUAAUCCGGAGGAUUCCAUCCAUCCUAGGUACUGAACGUAGAACUUUUUACUUGAUUUCCUACUGGAUAACGACGACAUAAUUCUCAAUUUGCAAUACGAAACGAAAUAAAAACCGCGCCCCGUUACGCUUCAAUAGAUUUUUAAGGCCAAUUUUUUAUUCUAUUUUCUUUUGUCGCUUGCCUUAUCCUUCUGUCGUUUUACCCCCUCCACGCCUACUUUGUCUCUUCCUCAAUCCCUGCCCUCUCUCUCUCUCUCUCUUUAGAUAUCUACCUAAUAUUUCUAUUUGUAACUAUUUUCUUCGAAUACAUUCAAAGAGCGGCGGCGGUUUCUUGUAAAAAAAAAACAACUUUUUAUCGGAUACCCGCCCCUCCCCCCUCCCUCCCC